AACGCGCUUGUCCGGUGCGCGCUCCCGUCUCCUCUGCUUACACCGAGCGGCAGCCUCGUCAGCUCCGGGGCGCGUGCCAGAUCUGAAGCGGAGGGGACAGCUCCCAGGUGCUGAAAUCGGUCUUCGCUCCACAGAGAGACAUCACCGCCGAGAUAGACACUGAUAUAAACGCCGCAUUUUGUAAAUCAGGGGCGGUCACAGAUAGAGUCGAGGCCUUCAGAACAGUGCUUCCCCCGUCCUCGCUCGCCGGCCCGAACGCAGACCAGGGAACCGGUCUCACGUCCCGCUGUCCCUCCCUGCGCUUCUGCAGAUGGCUGCCACUCAGGACGCGAAGGGGAAGGGCGAGGGCGGCGACCAGAACUUCGACUACAUGUUCAAGCUGCUGAUCAUCGGCAACAGCAGCGUGGGCAAGACGUCGUUCCUCUUCCGCUACGCCGACGACGCCUUCACCUCGGCCUUCGUCAGCACGGUGGGCAUCGACUUCAAGGUGAAGACGGUGUACAAGAACGACAAGAGGAUCAAACUGCAGAUCUGGGACACGGCCGGCCAGGAGCGCUACCGGACCAUCACCACCGCUUACUACCGCGGGGCCAUGGGCUUCAUCCUCAUGUAUGACAUCACCAACGAGGAGUCCUUCGGCGCCGUGCAGGACUGGUCCACUCAGAUAAAGACGUACUCCUGGGACAACGCGCAGGUGGUGCUGGCCGGGAACAAGUGCGACAUGGAGGAGGAGAGGGUGGUGUCGGUGGACAGCGGCCGGCUGCUGGCAGAACAGCUGGGCUUCGAGUUCUUCGAGACCAGCGCCAAGGACAACGUCAACGUCAAGCAGACCUUCGAACGCCUAGUCGACCUCAUUUGUGACAAGAUGUCCGAGAGCCUGGACUCGGACCCCGCCGUCACCACCGGGGCGCCCACGGCCAAGCUCACGGACAGCGCUCCGCCCCUCCAGCAGCCGGGCUGCAACUGUUAGUGACUGGCGUUGGAGCGGAGCGGAGGGCGGCGCCGGCGGGUCCCGUCGGGUCCCGUCGGGUCCCGUCGGGCGGUAGCAUCUGUGUUCACCCUCAGCGUUGUCCCUCCUGCUAGUGCUGCUUUCUCUGGACUACAGUUCAAACCCAGUUUAGUAGUAGAGUUAUAAGACGCUGUCAUAUUAUCUCACAAUCACCUUAUAUCAAGAGCAAAUACGCAGACAAGCAGACAAGGCUAUUGUAAUAAGUGAAAUAUAGAGACACAAUAUUCGCAUUCUUCAGCUAGUUAGUAUGGGUUUAAACCACGUAUGUUUAUUGAGGCUGGAAAUAAUCAAUAAUCAAGGUGUACAGUUAAUCCUGAAGACUUGUAAAAUCUUUAAGACCUAGAAUAACAAUAUGAUGAAGUAGAGUCAACGAGUGCUUUAAUAAUUCUUUUAUUUUUUUGUACAAUAUCGUUUGGUUUCUUACGUCUCCUGAAGCUGCCAAAAUCUUUGAUUUAGUGCACUAUAGGAUGUAGCGGCUUUGUUCUGUUCAACGAGCGUGCUUGUGGUGCGACUGUUCAGUAAGAGUGCGGGUCUGCAUGAGUGUGAGUCACAAACGAGUGCAACUUUGUCAUUAAAAAAAAAAAAUCUACCUUGGGUAAAAAAGUGGCCUUUUAGCAUUUCCAACUCGGCCUCUGUAAGUCGCCCCCCCCUCCCCCGUACUUGCUCUCGGAAUGAAGUCAGUGUGUGUAUUUGUGUACUUUUGCCACCGUUUGCUGUGUGUAGAUGUGUAUUUCCCCUAAUGCUGUAGGUUUCCCCGUAAAUCACCAACACCACUCUUUAAACUCGCCCCUGAUGCGACCCCUUGUGCUUUGAUGCCGUGAGCAUGCUGCCAAAAGAAGGCAAUCACUGGUGACCUUUGACCUGAAGCCAGGCCUUACCCCGCCCCCACUCAGCCGCCUGCCCAGCGCUCGUUCACAGCGCGGUGCGUGACAUCCAAACCUGCUCUGGCAUGGAAUCAACAGCCAUAUAUGAGAUAUAUGCCAGUAGAGAGGAACCACACAGACACAUCAUGGCGACGGGCGACGGGCGAGCGCAGCACUGCUAUGGUCAACGAGUGCACUGUCGUAUAAGAGGUGGAGCUACUCUAAAACCCACGAAGCCUUUAAGUUAAGAAAAGUCAAACAUUUGUGCCAAACCAUUACAGUUCCUUCAUCAUUGUCGGUUGUUUGUUGCAUAGUAAUAAAACCUCCAAAAAUUGCAUGAAGUCCGUCCAGACUAUCUGUGUAGAUUUAUAAAAUAAGAUAGUGUAUAUAAUCCUCUAUGUUGCAGAUUUAGAAGCAUUGUCGCAGCGUUUGCUGCGAGAUGCGAUGGGCCAAUAAGUGCAAUAUUUUAUGAAUUAAACCCUGUACAUAGUUUCUCCAACGACUCCGUCCGCAGUGUGUGAGGGACAGUUUGGUCCCAGGAUGCGUGGCCGCGUGUGUGUGUGUGUGUGUGUGUGUGUGUGUGUGUGUGCGCGCCUGCCAGACUGAAGAGACACGUUAAGUGGUGUAGUGUAUCGUUUGUGUAUUCCUUUUGUACAAAUGUAUUCACGUACUAUAUUCGGUUCCUGCUAACUGUUGGGUGUUGACUGAACUCGUAUUAUCAUGUCGAAAUGCAGUGUUGUUGUGAAAGAUAGUCAGGAGAUGAAACCUCCACGCCAUAUUGUUGUAACUCCAAGAAAAGGGAAUCACAUAAACUACUGUAGUUCAAAGACCCUGCGCAUAUGUGUGUACACGUGCUCGGCGCGUGUACGUCUGUGUAUGUGUGUGAAACUAUAAUUUGAUGCUAAUAGCCAUGAAAUAAAAUAUUGUAAUGAUCUCAA